ACCUAGGUGAAUCCAUAUAUUUAAGUUCAGAGCAUUCAGAGUUUGUUUAAAGCAUUUCGGCACCUUGUUUCGGCACCGACCAGCCUUAAAUAACAAUAAACAACGACCGCAUCGCGAAUUUUUCACUUUAUGGGCAAACGAAAUCUCCUUACAGUCUCAAUUGAAAAUGACGUCUUCAAUAAGUGCGAUGGACAGUUUGGGAGCUGCAGUGAAUUCAAAUAUAAUUCCAAAUCAAGAAUAUCUUUUGCAAGGCUCUGUGUUGGACAGUGCAGUAGAAAUAUUGUUGCACCGAUUACGAGGAUUGUGUGAUAACGUCGAUAGCGGACCUGAGACUUUUCACGACCAUGAGAUGUGCUUUAGCAUAAGAAGAGCUCCGCCACCUGAACAACCAUUAUUGUUGCGAGUGAGACGAGCUCUCGAUUGCCAGGACAUGCCUUGGCAAUUGCGCUACAUAGGACAACCAGAGUUGGGUGACAAAACACGGCCAACCAUCGUUCGAACGAGUAUAGACAUCGCAACCAGCAAUACUGUUGUUGAAUUUCUUACAGAGUUGGGCUGUAGACUUGACUUUGAGUACAUUGUUAGAGGUUACAUGUUUCGUAAAGGAAGAAUGAAAGUUACUGUUUCAAAAAUCUUCAAAAUGAUUCCAGGCAAAUUGCCUGAGAGCGUAGAAGCUAUUUCACAAAGUUAUUUGGUUGAACUGAGCGUUCUAGCUCCUAGCGGCCAAGAUGCUAUUGCCGAAGAUAUGAGAAUAUUCGCUGAACAACUCAGACCUCUUGUACAGCUUGAUAAAAUUGACUAUAAGAGACUGGCUCAUUAAAUUUAAUUAGUGUAAAAAUAAAAAUAAAAUCCAGUAUAUUUAUGUGUGAAUGUAUAAAAUUCUUUUUUGUUUUAUAAAACGGGAAUGAAGAAUAACAAUAAAACUAAUUCUUUUCUA